GUAGUGCCAUCGACGAAAUUAUGAGCGUGCGACAAAUUCAGGAUCGAAUCAACAGCUGCAUUAUCAACAGGGAGAGCGGAAACAAGUCCUUCACUGUGACAUUAUUUGCAUUCAUCAGUGAGCUGGACUUGGAUGGACUCACGCGGACUCUAAUGAUUAAAUGCGGACGUUGCAAAAUGAUUAUCAGAGGAUUGAAAUGCGAAAAUGCCGGAUGUCUUCUCGUCUUCGAGAGCACGCACGUUGAACCAGACGUAACUUUUGACAUCACAGUGGGACUUUCUGAUCACACUGGCACCCUGCCCAGGUGUAAACUGAGUGGGCAUACGGCCGAACUUGCCUUGGGUUGCUUGGCAAGAGAUUUUUCUAUCAAGACCGAUGAAGAGAAAUGCGUUUUGAAGUGGAAAUAUUUGUUGGAACAGUGCAAACUGCGGAUAGCUAUCAUUUUCGCCAUCAGCCAAUCCCCAAUCAUUUCUAUUCUUCACAUCGAAAAAUGUAAUCCUAUGGAAGUAGCGAGAAAAUUGCCGGUUUACUAAGGCCUCCCGUUGUGGCUUGAAUGCAAGGGCAAUAUUCUGUGGAAUUAUAAUAAUGGGUUUCAGUUGUCACCAGGCCAAUAUUCGUUACAUAUAUUGAUAAUUGCAGUUUACAAUAAAAUCAUCAAUUUGC